AUGAUCUCACACAUUAUUAAAGGAGAAAGGGAGAAAGUUAUUCAAGAGACUCCUAUCAUUUAUUCCAAAUUGUAUCAGCGUUGUUGGCAAGAUGAUCCGGACAAACGUCCAAAUUGUAAAGUUUUGAGAAUUCUUAAGAAUGUUGAUAUGAAAAGUUUGAUUCAAAUUUAUACAGGUUCGUUGUCUAUAACUUUAUGUGGACUAAGAGUUGUGUGUCAGAGAAUAGGCAAGGCGGAAGAACAAGGAAAAAAUGCCUCCU